AUGUGGCUCUACCUGGCUGCCCUGCUGGGGCUUUACUUCCUUCGCCGAUGGUACCAGGAGAGACAGACGGUGGAGAACCUGAGGGAGAAAUAUGUCUUCAUCACGGGCUGUUCCUCUGGCUUUGGGAACCACCUUGCCAGGCAUCUGGAUGCCCGGGGUCUGCGGGUGUUGGCAACCUGUACCACACAGAAGGGGGCAGAGCAGCUGGACAAGGUCACCUCAGAGCGCUUGAAAACCACCGUUCUGGAUGUCACCAGUACAGAGAGUGUGGCGGCAGCGACGGAGUGGGUGAAAGAUCAAGUGGGGAAGAAAGGGCUCUGGGGCUUGGUGAACAAUGCGGGAAUAGGUGUCCCAUCAGGUCCCAACGAAUGGCUGACCAAAGAUGACUUUGCAAAGGUGAUCAAUGUCAACCUGCUAGGGUUGAUUGACGUGACGCUACACAUGCUGCCGCUGGUGAGGAGAGCCAGAGGGAGGGUGAUCAACAUCUCCAGUACGGAUGGACGACUGGCCUGCUUUGGAGGCGGUUACUGCCCAUCAAAGUUUGGUGUGGAAGCCUUCUCUGACACCCUGAGAAGAGAGCUCCAUCCUUUUGGAAUCAAAGUCAGCAUUGUUGAACCAGGUACUUUCAAGACAGCCAUACAGUCAAAAUCAGCUGAGUCCUACGAACCUUUAUGGAGCCGGUUACCUUCUGACCUCAAGGAAUGCUAUGGGCGGAAGUACUUUGAGCAAUGUUGCAAAAUAAGCGAAUAUUUCCAAAAGGCUGGCAGCGACAACCUUCACCUGGUCACCGACUGCAUAGAACAUGCCCUGACAUCCUGCUGCCCUCGCACUCGCUACUCUCCAGGCUGGGAUGCAAAGUUCUUGUACAUUCCUGCCUCUUACUUUCCAACGUCCAUCGCUGACUUUGUGAUGAGCCACAUUUGGCCUAAACCAGCUCAAGCAAUAUAGGGUUGUUGUUGUUUUAAAAUAGCGACUAUAGA